AACAUGAGCAUGCACGGCAAGAGGAAGGAGAUCUACAAGUACGAGGCGCCAUGGACGGUCUACGCCAUGAACUGGAGCGUGAGGCCCGACAAGCGGUUCCGCCUGGCCCUCGGCAGCUUCGUGGAGGAGUACAACAACAAGGUGCAGCUGGUGGGCCUGGACGAGGAGAGCUCCGAGUUCAUCUCCCGGAACACCUUCGACCACCCGUACCCCACCACCAAGAUCAUGUGGAUCCCCGACACCAAGGGCGUCUACCCGGACCUGCUCGCCACCUCCGGGGACUACCUGCGCGUCUGGAGGGUCAGCGAUACAGAAACCCGGCUUGAGUGCCUGCUGAACAAUAACAAGAACUCCGACUUCUGUGCCCCUCUUACUUCCUUUGACUGGAACGAAGUGGAUCCAAAUCUCUUGGGUACAUCCAGUAUUGACACCACCUGCACAAUCUGGGGGCUGGAGACUGGACAGGUUUUGGGCCGAGUCAAUCUGGUGUCCGGACACGUGAAGACGCAGCUCAUCGCUCACGAUAAAGAGGUUUACGACAUUGCGUUCAGCAGGGCAGGAGGAGGCCGGGAUAUGUUUGCCUCAGUCGGUGCUGACGGCUCCGUCCGCAUGUUUGACCUUCGGCACCUGGAACACAGCACCAUAAUCUACGAGGACCCCCAGCACCACCCAUUGCUCCGUCUGUGCUGGAACAAACAAGAUCCCAACUACCUGGCUACCAUGGCUAUGGACGGCAUGGAGGUGGUGAUCCUCGACGUCCGUGUGCCCUGCACUCCUGUGGCCCGAUUAAACAAUCACCGAGCAUGCGUGAACGGCAUCGCCUGGGCGCCACACUCCUCCUGUCACAUCUGCACCGCAGCGGACGACCAUCAGGCACUUAUCUGGGACAUCCAGCAGAUGCCCCGAGCCAUUGAGGACCCCAUCCUCGCCUACACCGCGGAGGGCGAGAUCAACAACGUACAGUGGGCAUCAACCCAGCCCGACUGGAUAGCGAUCUGCUACAAUAACUGUCUGGAGAUUCUGCGGGUGUAGCCCCCCACCCCAACCCCCACUACCCCCACCCCCCUUCCCUCCCCAGUGGCUGCCAUUCCUCGCCCCAGGGCUCAUGUAGACAUGUGCGGCGUGAGUGAGGUACAGUUGAGGGUGUUUGUGCAGAUCUUCAAAGUGUGUUGUUGUAUAGCGAAUGCAAUUUUUUGGGGUUCGAAUCAACCCUUUGAAGGUCAUCCCAGACCUUCCUUUCUUCCUCCUCCUCCUCCCUCUUUCGCUCUUCCCUCCAUCUUACUCCAUCGUCCUUCCCCUGCACCCCACCUGCAACCCCAAAACCAAAUUGAGAGAUGGACUAAUGAGCCGGGAUUCAGUGACGCCGGUUUGUGAAGCUGUUUGACCAGACCCUGUAAAUAAGAUGUGCUUCUCGGUCAGUUUGCAUUAAGUCUAGCGUCUGUGGCAACCUGUCCCAGUGAUUUCUAUCCCUACCCCGCUUUUCUUUCCCUCUCCCUCCUAUUUUCCUGACCUCCCUCCGAAGUGCAGGGGUGCAAAAUAUUACGUGCGGCCAAUGCCACAUUGUGAGCCAGAUUUUCCGAGUUCGUAUAUCACCAGAGUAGGGGGGGGUGAUCGAAUGGUUGUGAAGUGUGCCCCCCUCGCUCUAUAGAUAUUAAUUUUUAAAAAAGGGCCAAGAAUGCGGUAUGCGAUGUGCUAAUUAUCACCUUGUCCAUAUCAAAUCUAUUUAUAAUCAUCGAGUGCUUUUUGGAGGGGUGGGAGGGGUGAAGCUUCACGCACACCCCCUCUUCCCUCCAAUUGCAUCCCUCCCCCAACCAUUUUGCCCAAAGGUGCUCGAGGUCUCGGACGGCGACCAUCAACCUUUUGGCCGCCUGCGACCGUGUUUCCUCUCAAUCCCUGGAACGUGACCGGCACUGAUAAUUCCUCUCAUCGCACACCGCAGUUUUCAGCCCAUUUAUUUUGUAGGUGAAGAUAAUUGGGUCCCGAGCGAGAGCCUGGAAUGCAAACGGCGUGUUAGAGCGAGCUAGUGAGGUGUAGGAACAGAGAGAGAGAGCAGAGCUUACUUUGUCUUCCUCCCUGGACAGCUCCCCGCCUCUGUGACAUUGAGCUGGGGAGACGACACAGCCUCAACAAUACAGCGCCUUCGUUCUUGGGAGCGAGGGCGUUGAUGCUUGCAGGGUUUUUCAGUCCACUCCUCCUCUUCCUCCUCCUCACCCCAAUAUUUCGGUUUAACUUGUGCAGCCCCAGAGGCGGUGGCGAGAAAAUGAAUCGGUUAACGAUUGGAAGCGGCUGGGUGAUGUGAGGCGAGUUGUAUUCGUCCGCGAGGCUAGGAGGCUACUUGGGGGAAACUAGCUGAGUCCUGGUAUCACGCAGUCAGCCUUCUACGGAAGAUCAUCAGCGCGUUGUUAAAGUUAGAUUAAACAACGUGUUCAUUUAACUCCCUUUACAGUCACAGUUAAUUCAGAUUUUUAAAAAAAGAACUCUUCCCCAUCACCCCAUUCACAUCUGCGAAUAUCAGUACCAGGGGUACUUGUUUGUUGUACAGGCUUUUAACCCACUUCCCCCCACCACCUCCCUCAAUUGCCCCCUUUUGGCCACUGUGUCUGGCGCUUCCCCUCCGACAGUGCGUGGUGUUGGCAAAGAUUGGGAGCUCACGGUGCGCGGCGGAAACAGUGGCUCCGUUCCUGACCGCGCUCUCGCCGGCCACGCGACAAACACCACGCAACACUGCCCUGAGGGGCAGGCCUCUCGACGCCCACCCGCCAUCCCCGGUUCGGGCUGGCGCCCCCCUCCCCCC